AUGGCAACACCUUUAGAACCAAGCACAGGAUGGAUGUAUGAAGUUUUUAUAAGCUUUAGAGGCAAAGACACACGUGACAACUUUGUAGAUCAUCUUCACGCAGCUUUACUACAAAAAGGACUACGUGUUUUCAAAGACCAAAUUAUGCUACGCAGAGGUAAAUCAAUCUCUCCUGAGCUUCUUAAAGCGAUUCAAGAAUCGCGGUUUUCUGUAGUUGUUUUUUCUGAAAAUUAUGCGGAUUCUUCGUGGUGUUUGAAUGAACUUGCCACAAUUAUGGAGUAUGAUGAUGACCGAAGGAAGGUGUUACCGGUUUUCUACCAUGUCGAUCCAUCUGAUGUCCGUAAACAGAAUGGUCAUUUUGCUGAUGCAUUUCGACAACACGAUCACAAGUUUAAGGGCGAGAUUGAUAAAGUUAAGAGAUGGAGGGAAGCUUUAACCAGAGCUAGUAGUUUAUCUGGCUGGCAUAUCCCUAAAAAUCGCAAUGGGGGCGAAUAUGCAUUUAUCAACAAGAUAGUUCAAGAGAUCUUAGGAAAUAUGCAACCUCGUGGUAGGGAGACCAAUCUAGUCGGGAUCGAAUAUCAUAUGAAUGAGUUGAUUUCACACUUGCAAAUAGAUGCAACAAAAGAGGUGCGAAUGAUAGGGAUAUGGGGAAUGGGAGGAAUUGGCAAGACAACUAUUGCCCAAGCUCUCCUUCGUAGAAUUUCUUACAAGUUUGAGAGUAGUAGCUUUGUUAAAGAUGUUAGAGAAAAAAGUAAAAAGGAUAUAUGCGCUUUACAAGAAAAGAUUCUAAGAGAUAUUCUAAUGAUGGAUCCCGAGUUUGAUGUUCAGGAUCCUCAUGAAGGAGUUGACAUUAUACAGGACAGGAUUUGUUACAAAAAGAUUCUUCUUAUUUUGGAUGAUGUGGAUGAUGCUAAGCAAUUAGAGUUCCUAGCUGCAACACAUGAGUGGUUUGGUGCGGGAAGUAGAAUCAUUAUUACCACAAGAGAUGAGCAUUUGUUAUCAUAUGCAGAUGCUAAGUAUAAGCCAGCAUUUUUACCCACGGACCAAGCUUUUGAACUCUUUAGCAGGCAUGCCUUUCGAACAAAUAGCCCUCCGGAAGAGUACAAGGACUUGUCAACUCGUGCAAUACACUAUGCUGGCGGUCUUCCUCUAGCCUUGAAGGUUUUAGGUUCUUACUUCCAAGGAAGAAAAGCAAGUGUGUGGGGAAGUGCCUUAAAUAGACUAGCAAAAUCACAAAAUGCUGAGAUUUUUGACAAACUAAAGUUAAGUUUUGAUGGGCUAGAUGUUUCAGAGAAAAAAAUUUUCUUAGACAUUGCAUGUUUCUUCAAGGGCAAAGGUGUAGAACACUUGACUAGAGUAUUUGAUAGCUUCGGUUUUGAUCCAGCGAUAGGAAUUAGUGUACUUGCUGAAAAAUCUUUAGUUACCAUUUCAAACAAAAAGGUUGAGAUGCAUGAUCUCAUACAAGAAAUGGGUUUGAAAAUAGUUCGUGACAGUUUCACAAAUAGCAGAGUCUGGAAAAUCAAAGAAAUCCAUGACUUGAUUAACAAAAACAGUGAACUUGAACUUAUUGAAGCCAUAGUGUUGCCAUACAAAGAAUACAGUGAUGACAAGUAUGAUGAGAAGUUAGGUUUCAGUCCUGAUGUUUUUUAUAGCUUGAAGAAUCUUCGACUCCUUGAUAUUGAACAAAAAUUUAUCUCAUAUGAGCCUACCUUUUUCCCUGAAAAGUUACAAUGGCUUUCAUGGUAUGGGUACCCAUUUUCUUCUCUUCCAGUAGCAGACAUGUGUAAGCUUGUUGGGCUUCAAAUGCACUUGGGAGACAAUGAACAUUUAUGGAUGGGACGAAAGAUUAUGCCCAACUUGAGAUUCAUUCACCUGAAUUGCAUGGACUGCCUCACAACAUUUCCAGAUAUCUCAGGGGCGCCAAAUCUUGAGAGGCUGGUUAUGUCUCAUUGCAUGUAUUUACAAGAGGUUCACCCUUCUAUCGGAUGUCACAAAAGGCUUGUUUACUUGGAUAUGACUGGUUGCAAUAUGCUCAAGGGUCUCGUGCCCAACAUUGAGAUGGAAUCUUUGGAGACUUUGAUUCUCUCGAAUUGCUACUGUCUUGAAAGAUUUCCAGAAGUCUCACCGAGUUUUUGA